AUGAACUUCUUAUUCUCGGCUAUUAUUGCGUUACUGUUUCCUGCUAACAAUUCCGUGUUCCUUCGACAUGUUGGUAACACCUCAGUCCAUGUCGAAGGGACUAACUAUUGGCAAGUACACGCAUCUGGUCCAACAAAAGGUGCUGAUAGAAACAUGCUCCAAGAUACUGCCCACAUAAGUAUGAUAGAACACCCUAACCCUCUAUAUAUGAUAGGUGAACAACGUGACAGCAUGAGCAAACCAUCUCUUCUCUCCCAAUCCUUACCUGGAAAUAAGAUAAAGCAUAUAAACUGGAUGUUUCGGUGUAAACACGGAGAGGAAACAUGGUACUAUGAGAAGAGCCAAAUAGAAAAGAUCGUCCCUAGUUUCCCUGAGUUGUUCAACUUUGAACAGGAAACGAAUGAUAAGACCAAGAAACGUAAAGCAGUCUAUCCACACCAUUUCAGAAACGACGAGGGGUUAAAAUGGCCUUUAAAUAAAACAGCAUGUGAUAAUGCAGGAAAAGCUAGACUUGAGAUGCCUUUAGGGGAAGGACCAACGCUCCGCUGGAACUGGGAGGCACACUUCAACUCUGUUUGGCCUCUACCUCACAUGGCUCAAGUGGGAUAUGAUCUUCCUAAGAUAUAUCCUGAACUCGUAAGAAUUGUCUACGUUUACAAGGCUAGAGACAACUUGCUCUGCGGUCUGAUCAUCCAUAAGGACGUCUCUAAAUUCGAACUUUGCUCGCUGAUAGAAGAUCAUAAAGAUGUUUCCUAG